AUGGAGCGUGUUCUGCUUUGCACAGUCGCUUUGGCUGCCUUACUUGCUGUCCUCCUGGUCAGUCGAGGCCCUUUCUUACUGCACCCGCUUGCACAGGCAAAGCAGCUGCCGGUGAAAGAUCAUAUUGGCGCCGUGGCUUCAAACGCCGCUCCUUGCAGCCGCAUCGGCAUAAACGUCCUCCAUGAGGGCGGCAAUGCAGUUGAUGCAGCCAUUGCCGCAGAGUUCUGUCUUUCCGUAAUUGGCAUGCAAUGGACUGGACUGGGAGGUGGGGGGUAUGCUCUGGUCAGAGGAACAGAUGGCUCCUACGACUUUGUUGACUUUCGAGAGACUGCGCCCGCAUCUGCAUCUCGCGACAUGUACCACAAUAAUAUCAACGCUUCGAUUCACGGAGGACUCGCCAGCGGCGUCCCGGGACAGUUACGAGGCCUCGAAUAUAUGCAUCGGCAUUAUGCGUCUCGAUCAUGGUCGUCGCUUAUAAGGCCAUCUAUCCAUGUCGCAAGGCAAGGGUUCCGCGUGAGUGCCGAAUUGGCGUCUGCUAUUGAAGAAGAAGGCCCAAACAGCUUUCUCCUCACCGAUGACACUUGGGCCAUCGACUUUGCUCCGAAUGGCACGAAUCUGGUCAAGGGCGAUAUGAUGACCCGGAAACGUUAUGCAGAUUUCCUCGAAGCCAUCGCGCAUCAAGGGCCCGAUGCAUUUUAUAGGGGGCCUUUUGCAAACGCAACCAUACGAGCCAUUCGAAAAGCCAACGGAACCAUGACCUUGCAAGACCUGCUCGCCUACUCCGUAAUCUCACGAAAAGCUCUUGCGAUCAAAUACAAGGAUUUCAAAAUAGUCAGCUGCGGUGCGCCUGCCGGUGGAUCCGUGGUCCUGAGUACUUUGAACAUCGUGGGAGGCUAUGAAUCCAUACACGAACCUUCUGAAAUCCAUCUUAGUACUUACAGGCUGGACCAAGCUAUGCGAUUUGCAUUCGGACAGAGAAUGAAGCUUGGAGAUCCUUCGUUCGUAGCUCACAUGGAUCAAUUCGAGGAUUACAUGAUUUCUACUUCCACUGCUACUGAUAUCAGAAGUCGUAUUUCUGACACGCAUACAUUGCCAUUGUCGGCAUACAAUCCCGACAAUAUGACGUCUCCCGAGUCUCAUGGAACGUCUCACGUUUCAUCGGCUGACAAGCACGGGAUGGCUGUGUCCAUGACAACUUCUUUGAAUCUGGGCUUUGGAUCGCAUGUCAUGGUGCCUGAGACAGGCCUCAUACUCAACAACGAGAUGAACGACUUCUCAAUGCCAAAUGUUUCGAACGAGUACAGCUAUCUGCCGUCAGAUGCCAACUUUAUUGCACCUGGAAAACGACCUCUCUCGUCCAUGUCACCUGCCAUCGCUGAGGUUCUUUCCGAUGGCCACAUAUUCCUCCUGACUGGAGCUGCUGGUGGCUCCAAGAUCAUCACGUCCACUAUUCAGAGUCUCUGGCACAAUCUCGAACUCAACAUGAGCAUAGAUGCAGCCGCCGCAGCUCCUAGGUUUCAUGAUCAGCUGAUGCCGAAUGAGGUCCUGUUCGAGUAUACCUUCGACAACCACACUGUGGCAUUCUUACGUGACAGAGGCUUGAACGUAACCUGGGUUCAAGGCCUCACGUAUGUGCAGACCGUAAGAAGACAACCCAAUGGCACAUUUCAAGCGGUCGCAGAGCCACGAAUGGACGAUGCGGGUGGGUACGCAAUAUAG